GACGUGAAAUGUAGUUAACAAAAAGCUUUUUACUUUAUUGACUCUUAGUAGGUGCCCUGAACGCCUCUCCAGGUCGCUAAACUCGUAUUUACGGUAAAUCGGACAUGACAUCAAAGUGUGGAUAGUGGUGGUGUUUUCCGCAUUCCCCAACUGCCUGCGAGCUUCAGGGCCAAGCACACGGCGAAACGGCAUUUAUGUUCCAGCCUUUCCAGGAUCAGGGCAGGAACACAUCCGCGAGAUACACCGCUUUUCCUGGGAACGUCUUACCUGGAAGCCGGACGGUGAACCUGGGCAAGGAAGCGCUGUGUUGUUAAGGCUGCUUGCAAUACGUGUCGAUGGUCCAGCUUUGAUGUUAGAGUUUGGAGGAUCAUGAACCCCUUGAAGCUCCAUAUUAAAUAGUUGGCAGUAGGCAAACCUAUAACCAAGGUGACCAGUGUGAACCAAAGGAACAUGGCUGUCUUCAAACCUGAGAAUGUGGAAGACUUCUAUGAGAUUGGGGAAGUUCUGGGAAGUGGGCAUUUUGGCCAGGUUCGCCAGGUUCGGGAGCGGACCUCUGGGAACUUUUGGGCAGGCAAAUUCCUGAAGAUUCGGAAGGUUGCAUGCAGCCGUCUUGGCCUGGACAGGAGCAGCGUGGAGCGAGAGGUGGAGAUCCUCCAGGCUGUCCAACAUCCAAACAUUGUGGCUCUCAAAGAUGUUUUUGAAAGUCGCGCUGAAGUGGUGCUCAUUCUGGAGCUUGUCAGUGGAGGGGAGCUGUUUGACUUUAUUGCUGAGAAAGAGAACCUGUUGGAAACUGAGGCCAUUGAAUUCAUGAAGCAGAUACUGGAGGGUCUGAAAUUCAUACACUGCAAAAACAUUGCCCACUUUGACCUCAAGCCAGAAAAUAUCAUGCUGUCAGACAAAGUGUCAAAACCUCCCAACAUCAAACUCAUAGACUUUGGCCUGGCUCACUUGUUUCACCCGGGAGAGGAGUACAAGAGCACAAGUGGUACUCCACAGUACAUUGCCCCUGAGGUCAUCAGCUGCCAGCCUCUGAGUACAGCAGCAGAUAUGUGGAGCAUUGGAGUUAUUACCUACAUAUUAUUGAGUGGUUUGUCACCAUUCCAAGGCGACACUGAUGAAGAGACUCUGGGAAACGUCAUUGGCAUGAAAUACGAGUUUAAUGAGCACUACUUCAGCCUGACAAGCCCCAUGGCGAAAGAUUUCAUCCAGAAACUGUUGAUGAAGAAUCCAGAAGACAGAAUGACAGCUGAGGAGUGUCUGCUUCAUCCAUGGAUUAAGCCCAUCACACCUAAACAGGUUGCCAAAAGAAAUCGAUCCUCAAUUAAUAUGAAGAACUUUAAGAAGUUCAAUGCCCGAAGGAAGUGGAAGAUGUCUUACAAUAUGGUGUCGGCAUGUAAUCGGCUCGUAAAUUUGAGACUGCCGCGUAAAGACACCCUGAGUCCAGAUCCACUACAGCGGCAAUGUGAAAGCGACGUAGAGGACACUGAGAGCAAGCCGGCCUCGCUGCUACGGCGAAGACUCAGCAGCAGUUCAUAGAGUUGAGCAGAGGAAUGCAGAGCAGUCCAAGCUGAAGAUGAAGAUGAGGCUCCCUGAAACCAAAUGAUUUCUGUUACCUUGUUCGAGUGUAAUGGGUGACCUAAUGUUGUUACACACUCGACAUUUCAGAAGUGCCUGGAACAGAAGCGUGUCCUCAUUUGAAGUGUGUUUCUUUACGAAAGACAUUUUAAAAAAAAUCAGUUGGAAACUUUGGGUGGGCUGUGUAAUAAUGUCUUCAAUGAUGCUUUAUCAGCUGUAAUGUAUGUGGAUGGUUACGGUUCUUGAAAUGUCUCUGAUAACAAAAUGUGGCCAGAAAAGCUUUUUUCUGUGCAGAGCAACCUCAAACUCAUGUUAUACCCGUGUCUUCCACGCCUUAUUCAAUGACGGUAAUGCUUCAUGUCAUCAGCCAAAUGGAAAUGCUCGGCCUGUUUUUAAUGUUACCAAGUGAUGUCCAGCAACUAUAGACUACAACAUGACUUAUACCUGAUUUUGGACAGCUCAUGGCAGCGCUGGCAAACACAAAUACCAAUGUUUUCAUUACCUGUUUGUUUAUGUUGAAACUGCUUCGCUAGUGUUAGGAAAGCAUCCCCGUGUCUUUUCUAAAAGACUGCUUCACAUAAUUAACAAAAAUGUGAAAGUUAGAGUUUUUCCUGUUUUAGCAACUGCCUCCAUUUUUCCGGCCGUUAUAUCACAGUUUUACACUCGCUCAUAAACAGCUGUUGUUUUUACAGUUUUCAAAGUAACCACUACUGUCAUUUUCAUGUUUGUGUAAGGCUGAAAACAUUGGAAGGUUUUUAAAAAUGUAAUUUCUUACAUCUCACCAACUACAACUACCCGAGAUGAACAGACUUCAAUCUACUGCUAUUAUUGUUAGGUUGUAAGUGUUUAAGAUUUUGUACUGCAGAUGAAAAUAUACAAUCAUACUCUGUUCUUAAUAACUUAUAAGCACUGCAUUACUUCUCUUGUGAUGUAUCAUUUUGAAAUGGCUUAAUCAUACACGUGCAUGUCAUUACAUACAACAAUUUGUAUUUUUAAUGUCAUUAAAUGUCUGUUUAAUGACAUGUCUGCUGGCUUCAUCCGAGACUUGAACAAUUAGUAUUUUUAAAUACUGCCAAAUUUCUCACUUUGUCUUUUUCUCAGCUGUGUCUGCCUAUUUAGGAACUUUCUUUUAGCUGCUGACGUUACCAUUAAUACCGUUUCAUGACAGUAAUGAGCUAUAUUUGGCUAUGUGACCCUGUCGCACUUCUUUUAACUAAGAAUCAGGAAGUUGUCUUCUUCUGCGAUGUUGUGUUUACAGACAGCAUUUUAAUCCUUUUUCUUUUCUGGGUGUAAAUGUGACAGGGCUCGGUGCUGGUUCAAACUGUAUAAGCUGCUUCAAGCAUUAUUUGUGAAGAGUCACAUUAAAUUACUAAAAACAUUAA